GCCUUUUUGGACGCGCUCCUGACCGCAUCCAAGCCCUGGACACUGAAUACGCACCUUCUUUAGGUUAGAGAAUUUAUGACUUUAAGGGAGCAAGUUUUCUGUUCUGCUCGCCUCUGUUUUGUUGAUAAGUAGCAGUGGAGGGCCUAAAAAUAGAUUUUAAAAGUGCAGCAUUAAAAAAGCAAGAAGCAAACUCCUCAUCGUUUGCAGAAAUACACUCAGUAAGACGCAUUAUAUUUUUUAGCUCCGGAACGCACGGCGCAUUUUAUAAUUCUUUUCUUUUUUUAAAAAAAUCAAGCGGUCAAGGUGACAGUAAAAGGCCGGAUGAGGACUAGAUUUGCAGAGGUGUGGAGUGUGAGGAUGCCACAGUGAUCCACUAGACUGACGUCUCUCCGGUAGCGCAGAAGAAGACCGCAGCCCGGUGAUUCCACAGACUUCAGUACAGCCAAGCAGUCGACAGUCUCUCCCGCAGAGAGACAAAGAGAGGGAGGGAAAAAGAACUUCAGCAACGACAAGCUGUAGUUUUCCAGCAUGAUCAACCUCCGGAAAUCUCCGUUUAAACACGCUCGCCCAGCAACUGUUUGAUUUUGCUGGUGUAGGAUUUUUUUCCCCCCUUUGGAAAGAUUCGUCUUUUUCCCUCCUUCGGCUGAUGUAAAAAACACCCGCUUCAUUUGGAAUGAUGUGGACCUCUCACGAUACUGUUGGAUUUGUUUUCCUAGCUGGAUUUUGUGUUCAAUUCGGAUUCUCUUUUGAAGGUCGCUUCACGGAUCUGCCCUCCAACAUGACGGUAAAAGAGGGACAAAACAUAGAAAUGGCGUGCGCUUUUCCAGAGCGGAACCGCGUCGGUGUAUUUGGAGAUCCAGUGGUGGUUCGUGAAAGCUCCGGAGCCACUGACAGCGAGGAAGACGUGGAUGCUCAAGAGAUGGAGAUGAUACCAGAGCCUGAUCCUGAUGACGAGGGGACAAAAAUAAGUACAGUGAAAGUCCAGGGCAAUGACAUCUCACACAAGCUGCAGAUCUCCAGAGUCAGCAAGAGUGAUGAAGGACUGUACGAGUGCCGGGUGACGCGAGCUAACUACGGAGAGAUUGUGGAGUACAAAGCCCAAGCCUGGCUGAAGGUCAACGCCACAGCCAGGCCUCGACGACCACUGCAGCCUCCCAAGAAGAGCUCCCCGCUGCACCUGACAGACAAGAAGCCGAGAAAGUCCAGCUCAUCUCUGGGCCAGGACAACAUGAGUUCAGACCAGAGGGUGGCCUCCACCUCCACCUCUCACACGUCCUCCAACACAGACAAACACAACCCCGGCUCAGGUACAAGAAUAUCAUCCAGCUAUGGACUGGCUGUCCUCCUCCUGGCGUGUGGUUUGGUGAGGGAUGCCUUGUUAUAAUUUGAAGAACUGACAUCAGAUCUCGCUCUCUCUCCUCUCUCUCCCUCUCUCUCUCUCUGUUUGCUCUCAAAGCGAACAGGAAAAAUUGCCUGUUUGAUUCCUCCCCUCCCCUCCCCACCCACCAGCCCCUCCAUCCCCCUCCUCGCCACCGUGCAGACGGCACAGCUGGCUCUGCAUUUCCUCGCCACCACUGCUCUUGCACCCAGCACAUUGUUAUUAGCCACUGUAAACACCAGUCACAUUUAAAGCAGUCGGAUUACCUUUUGUACAGACGUCAACUCAACACCAUCCGAGGUGCAACGCUCCGGUGUGAAAACUGGACUCUGUACCUUGUUGGAUAACUCUCAUGGAAGAAUGACUUUCUAAUGGUUUCGCUGUUCCAGUUCAUGUGUUCAUUGCUCAAAAGUGAACAAGAAAAAGAAGAAUCUAUAUUUGUGUAAUAUAUAUAUAUGAUUCUAGAUAUAUAUCUGUUUUAUUUGAAGCACCUAGAAUUAAUGUAUGUGCUGUAUACAUAGCUGCCACUCAUUAUAUUGGCCAUGGAACUUCAUUGUGAAUAGGCACUCUAGCCCCCUCAAAGAGAUAAAUUAAAUUGAAGUAUGUGUUAAUUUAGACUGUUAACAUGGACCAUCGGGUUAACAAAUGUUCAAUUUUCCAUUUUCUUUCAGCUGUAUUGGCCAUCCAAAUUUCUGAUGUGCAUAAUUUUACAUCUUGUUAGUGCUACAUAUACAGAUGUGCAUGCUUAUUGGUCUGAAGGCUUAAAAGAGAGGAAAAUAGUUGAAGAGCAGAAGUCAACACUUGGAGUUCAGUGUUACAAUAUGUUAAAUUUAGCUUUAUUUUAAUGUGUUAGUUUUGGUGUGAAAAAACAAAUUGUCCGUUUGUCAUUUUAAUUUGUAUUGCAUCCUCGGUAGGAAUAAAAAGGAUGUCACAAUUUAUGAGUCAUUCAAAAUUCUGAUAUGUGACCAUUGGAUGAUUAAUUUUAAAUGGCCUGCACCGUUUCUAAAAGGCAUGCUUCAGUUGCUGUGCGCCUCCCUGCUAUGUCUCAUUAUUAUACAGGAGGAAUGAGUAUUUACCCACUUUGGAUCAUGAGCGUUGCUAGUUAUGUUGAUUCCAACACACAGACACACACAUUAGCACAUUUAAGGUGAGAUGUUUGAGUGGGAGGGUGGUGACGGAAGAUUCAGCAGAACGGAGAGAACAGACUCAACAUUAGAAGUGACCCAGGUUUGGGAGAAAUGCAGAGUUUGGCUGAAAUCUUUUCUCUUAGAUCUCACAAUAAUAUAUUUUUAGCUUUAUUUUCAGAUGAUAUAUCACAGAGAUUUUUAUUCAAGCAGAGCAUUUAUGAGCAAAACGCUUUGACAAUCUGACACAAACAUAGGCAGACGACUGGUUGGGUGUCAUAGUGCACACUACGCCUAGAUUUAGAUCAUUGAUGUGAUCCAGAUUAACCUUCAAAACAAUAACGAUUCUUCAGUUUUUGUUAACUUUUGAGCUGAAGAGGGAAUCGUGUGCAUCCAUCAGAAACACGGAUGUUCUACUUCUGAAAUAUUUAUGAAUAAUAGAGUAGCUGAUUUAUGUCUCAAGAAAGGUGCUGUAAGUGGAUGUUAUCCACCAUGAAUAUCGUGCUGUCAGAGUGCAGCAGUCGCCCUGCAAUGAGAUCGAUAUGUUACUUCAGUAGACGCCGACCCCUUAGCGCAUCAUAUUUGUUGCUUAGUUAAAGUCCAAACAUUUCGUUGGUUUACACAUAGCAUGGUUCUCUGGUUCUUCAUUUGCUGUAUGGUAUAAUCUAACAUUCAUACUGAUGAAAUUUGCAAUACUUACAUUGCUGCGUGUUCUCACAAAGCAAAAUAUUCACCUCACUUUGAGUGUUUAUUCCGCUUUGCUCAGCUAAAAUCCCUUCCCAUGUAUAGUUGUAUUGCAUUUCCCAAAGAAUGAUGGAGGGAAACCUGUUGGUUCAGCACAGAGGUUCAGAGGCUGACAGGGUGUGUCAUGCUUUAGGAUACGAGCAGAAACAUCUUCUGAUCAGCAGCUUCCAGCCGGGGUACAAGAUGUGUGGGCGAUAAUAGAGGGCGGCCCCGUUUAAUCCUCAAGUUUCAAACAGCUUCAGGCUGAAUUUGGACAGUUAAACCAGAGUCACUGUCACAUAUACGCCACUCUGCUGUUACUGGGGACUGACUGGUUUCAAAUGAGACACAUUAUGUAAUACAAUUCAAAACAUUUAGUUUGAAGGCAAAAAAAUAACAAAAAAAGCAGCUUAUUGAAGGCAAUGAAAAUGGGAUUUGAAUGUUUAAUGUAGGAGUGUGCUCGAGCACUUUGGAGAGAGUGUGCACAGUCUGAGUGGACAGCGUGUCCAACCCUCAUGUAAAAAGUUACAGACCUGUACAACUUGUAAAUGAAAUAAUCAGCAUGUCAACAUGUUUUUUAAAAAAUCCAUUUGAAAAGGCAGAGGCCAGUGAUGUUCUGUACUUGUAACAAUGGUGUCAUGUACUCAUAUUCAAGUGUUAACAAGUCCAAAGUGGGUUUUCAUCUCUUCAAAAUGAACUUGGGUAAAAAUGUAUAUGACAAAAAAAAUCUAUCUAUCUAUAUAUAUUAGAAACAUCUCCUUUACAAAGCUUUCAUCUUAAUCUAGGGGACUUGCUUGAUUGUGGGUCCUUGCAACACAAUGAAUAACACAGAAGAAGAGAUUGGAGCGGUGAUUGAUUUGGUAUUGUGAUCGGAGUGAUGAAAAAUGACGCUUAGUUUGGGUAUCGAUGGAGGCUGAGUUGCUUAUGAGCACUGAGGUCUCUAUUACCAAAGAGGAGAACAGUUCACAACGACGGCUAGAGCAGCAGUUCCUUCAUCCAGGGAUGUUACUUCAGAAACAUCACACAGCCAUUUUCUGUUCUGUUUUAUAUGCCACCCUACUCAUCCACUCUAGAUGUAUUUGUUUCUUCUAAUGUAUUUCAUUUCAAUGCGGUCCUGUCUGUUUGUUGAGCUGUCAAAAAUUCUGAUGAAUUCUCUUUUCUUUGGUAUUGUGUGAGGCUUCUGUACUGGAACAUUGCAACAGUUUGUAUUAUAAUGACAAUAUCAGAAUAAUAUUUAAAUAAACCAUUUUCACAGAUGAAAUUCAAA